AACCGUGUCUUCAGUUACAAAAAGUUAAAGCUCCUGUUAUUCUAGCUUUUAUUUUCAGCUAUCGUUCGCAAUGGAAUUAGGGAGUGCUCUUCAGUUUCUCGACAACAAGUCCAUUUUAGUCACCGGUGCUGCUGGGUUUUUAGCAAAGAUUUUUGUGGAGAAAAUACUAAGAGUUCAACCCAAUGCGAAGAAGCUAUACCUUCUUUUACGAGCCGCGGAUCAUAAAUCUGCUGUACACCGUUUGCACAAUGAGAUCAUAGGGAAGGAUCUGUUCAGAGUUCUGAAAGAAAAAUGCGGGAAAAACUUCGGUUCGUUUAUAUCGGAAAAAAUAACCCUAGUCCCCGGAGACAUCUCCCACGAAGAUUUGGGUAUUAAAGAUUCUACUUUGGUGCAAGAGAUCUUCAAUGAAGUUGAUGUUGUAGUUAAUCUAGCUGCAACAACCAACUUUGAUGAAAGAUAUGACGUGUCACUUGUCCUCAACACGUUUGGAGCUAAAUUUGUUGCAGACUUUGCCAAGAAAUGUAUCAAACUCAAAGUUUUGGUCCAUGUAUCCACUGCUUAUGUGUCAGGGGAAAGGACAGGACUGAUGCUUGAAAAUCCUUACAGCAUGGGAGAGACACUUAAUGGUGUCUCAGGCUUAGAUAUUAAUGUGGAGAAGAAAAUUAUUGAACAGAAAUUGAAUGAACUGAGAGUUCAAGGAGCUUCGGACAAGGAGAUUACUCGAGCCAUGAAAGAUUUGGGCAUUCAAAGGGCAAGAUUGUAUGGAUGGCCGAACACAUACGUAUUUACCAAGGCAAUGGGAGAAAUGCUGGUCGGAGAGGUGAAGGGGACUUUGCCUAUCGUCAUCAUACGACCCACCAUCAUCACCAGCACUUUCAAAGAGCCAUUCCGUGGUUGGGCUGAGGGUGUUAGAACGAUUGAUAGUCUUGCAAUCGGUUAUGCUAAGGGAAAGUUGACAUUCUUCCUCGGUGAUUUGGACUCGGUUGUUGACCUAAUACCAGCCGAUAUGGUGGUGAAUGCCAUGAUUGUAGCCAUGAUAGCUCAUGCAUCGAACCAACCAUCGGAGACUAUCUAUCAAGUGGGUUCAUCAAUGAGAAACCCAGUCAAAUACGGCGAUCUCCAAGAGUUAGGCUUCCGUUACUUCUCCAAGAAACCAUGGAUCAACAAAGACGGAAAGCCUGUUAUUGUCGGCAAGAUUCGAGUCAUGGAUAGCAUGGCCAGCUUCCACCGAUACAUGGCUCUUCGAUACUUGCUUCCUUUGAAGGGAUUGGAAUUGGCAAACACAGCAUUUUGCCAUUUCUUUCAAGGUUUGUACGGAGAUCUCAGUAGGAAGGUCAACUUCGUGACGCGAAUGGUAGACAUUUACAGACCAUACUUGUUUUUCGAUGCGAUAUUCGAUGAUAUAAACACCGAGAAGUUACGAAUGGCGGCGAGAUCGAGCCUGGAGGAGAACGAUAUGUUCUACUUCGACCCCAAAUGCAUUGACUGGAACGAGUACUUUAUGAACAUUCAUAUUCCCGGCAUAGUAAAAUACAUUUUCAAAUGAAAAAUACGAGAGCCGAAUCAAUAUUUAAUUAUACAUAGCGUUG